UGUGAGUUCGAGACCAGUCUGGUCAUAGUGAGUUCCAGCAUUGUAUGAGAGGUCCUCAUCUUGUCUUACACUACGUAAAGACGGAAGAAUUAAAAAAAUAUCCAGAGCAAAAGGAAUUACUAGCACUAUUACUGACAAAUGACAUUACUGUACAUGUGAGAUAUCUCAAGUUGUCUAUGGAAAAAUACAAGAUUUAAUAAGCAAAUAUAGUGAUAUUGCUGACUAUAUGGACACUAUUGUAGUGGCUGGAUUUAUUGUUUGCCAGCAACUUUAUAAGAAGGUAAACAUUGGAAGCAUUUGAAGACUUCAAAUCAACUCUUUAUGUUUACGUUAAAUCUGUAAGAGAUUUUGCCACAGAAUCAAUGUCUUUGGCUCCAGUGACAAAUUAUAUAUAUACACCCCUGAGCCAGCUUAAGAGUGGUACAAUUGUCAACGUCUAUGGUGUUGUGAAAUUCUUUAAGCCCCCAUAUCUAAGCAAAGGAACUGAUUAUUGCUCGGUUGUAACAAUUGUGGACCAAACAAAUGUAAAGUUAACUUGCCUACUUUUUAGUGGAAACUAUGAAGCCCUUCCACGAAUUUAUAAAAUUGGAGACAUUGUCCGCUUUCACAGACUGAAGAUCCAGGUAUAUAAAAAUGAGCCUCAAGGUAUCACCAGCUCGGGGUUUGCAUCUUUGACCUUUGAGGGAACCUUGGGAGCUCCUGUCAUACCUCGUACUUCAAGCAAGUGUUUUCACUUCACUGCUACAGACCAUAAAAUGGUAGAAGCCUUACGAAUUUGGGCCUCUACACACAUUUCACCUUCUUCAACCUUAGUACAGUUGUGUAAUGUCCAGCCAAUGCAGUAUUUUGACCUGACUUGUCAGCUCUUGGGCAAAGCACAAGUAGAUGGAGCAUCAUUUCUACUAAAGGUAUGGGAUGGGACCAGAACACCAUUUCCAUCAUGGAGAGUUUCCAUAGAAGAUCAGGUUCUUGAAGGAGACUCAAGUCACAUUCGUCGGCUACACAAUCUUACAAUAGACAUUUUGGUCUAUGAUAAUCAUGUACAAGUGGCAAAAUCCCUAAAGAUUGGAAACUUUCUUAGAAUCUACAGCCUCCAUACCAAACUACAGUCAGUGACUUCUGAAAGCCAGACACCAUUAAGUCUAGAGUUUCAUCUCCAUGGAGGUACCAGUUACGGGCGGGGAAUCACAGUCUUGCCUGAAAAUAAUUCUGAUGUGGAUCAGCUGAAAAAAGCAUUAGAAGCUGCAGAUUUGACAGCUGCUCAGCAUUCAGAUGGCCUCUAUCAAACAGACCAGGAGGAGAGCUAUCUCACCCUUUCAAGCUCUGGAUCAGUAUCACUGUAUGAGAUAGAAAGAUGUCAACAAUUGUCAGCUACAAUACUUACUGAUCAUCAGUAUUUGGAGAAGACACCAUUAUGUGCCAUUCUGAAACAAAAAGCUCCUCAGCAAUAUCGAAUCCGAGCAAAACUAAGAUCAUAUAAGCCCAAAAGAAUUUUUCAGUCUGUUAAACUUUAUUGUCCUAAAUGUCAUUCACUGCAAGAAGUUCCACAUGAGGAUAAUUUGGAUGCAGCUUUACAAGAUGGUGCAACUAAAACCUCAGAUACCAAGUUACAAAAUACACCCUUGUAUGAUUCACAAAUCUGGACCACUGAAGAUCAAGGAGGACGAAAAGUAGUUAUUCAUUUUGUAAAAUAUAAUGGUAUUCUCCCACUUUCAAAUGAAUGUCUGAUUUUGAUAGAAGGAGGUACUCUUGGUGAAAUCUCUAAACUUUCAAGUGAGUUUCAUAGUAUAAUUCCUGUGAAAUCUGGCCCUGAAGACCUGGAGCUCCUAGACCUUUCAGUACCAUUCCUUAUACAAGGAAGAUUGCAUCACUAUGGGUGUAAACAGUGUUCUAGUUUGAAAUCAAUACAAAAUUUAAAUUCCCUUGCUGGUCAGACAUCAUGGAUUCCUUCUUCUGUGGCAGAAGUAUUGGGAAUUGUACCCCUGCAGCAUGUGUUUGUUAUGACGUUCACUCUUGAUGAUGGAACAGGAGUAUUAGAAGCUUAUCUCAUGGAUUCUGACAAAUUCUUCCAGAUUCCAGCAUCAGAAGUCCUACUUGAUGAUGACCUUCAGAGAAGUAUGGAUCUGAUCAUGGAUAUGUUUUGUCCUCCAGGAACAAAAAUUGAUGCAUAUCCAUGGAUGGAAUGUGUUAUCAAGUCAUACACUGUCACAAAUGGUACAGAGCAGCAAAUUUGCUAUCAGAUUUUUGACACCGUGGUUGCAGAUGACGUAAUCUAAUAUUGCCGUUCAACUUCAAAUUACUGUAAUUUCGGGAAACUUUACUACAUCCUAUUAGAUAACUAUAAAACACUUAAGAGAUUUAGCUAAAUACCAGUCACAAUUUCAUUUUAACCACAUUUGGUUUUUUUUAAAUAAACAUCGUGUUACCUUCAUGUCUUUGGGUAAAUAUGUUAAAAAUGUUCUGGUUGCUCAAAAUGUCCAACAGAGAUAAUAAAGAAAAGGUGUAUUGAAUAAAUAAGGACUGUAUUUUCAAUGGCUUUAAGAGAAGAUAUUUUGAGCUCUUUAAGAGAAGAUAUUUUGUUACCCUGCACUACACUCACUUUUCCUGUGGGCUGGUCCCUGCGUCAGCCACUGCUCCUCUGCCAUAACACCACCCUUGGUCUGAGCUUCCUUCCUUGCCCCGUUUUUAUACCAG